AUGUGGAGCAACAAGUCAAAUGAGGUGCCUUUACAAAAUCCGAGGCAUAACCAAACCAAGGAUUCCACCAGAGAUCUAACUGCAGCAUGGGCUACUUUUUCUCAGACUAAGGCAGCUCUACGUCAUAUAGAGAACAAGCUGGAAAUUGUUCCCACCAGCACAGCUGUAUUUGAUUCCAUAAUGGAUGCCAAGAAGCCCUGUGCUAGCACUAGCAGGAAAAUAGGCCGUAAGGGUAUGUAUUAUUUAAGAUAUGGAAUGAAUUCAAAUUCUUUGGUUUCUGCUUCAGCUUCCCGCUCCUCUGGCCAAAAUAAGUCAAGCAAGGAGAAGUCCUCACGCAGCCCUCUUCGAGCAACCACUCUUGAAAGCAACGUGAAGAAAAGCAACCGUGUCGAAUUUCGUGAGCCACUGGCUUCGUACAGGGAUGCAUUUGGUUCUGCAUCUUACCAGAGUUCCAGCCAUGUAGAGGCCAAGCGACUUUUGUCUAGUUUGGACUUCAGUGAAGCUGAAGGGAAGACUGAACUAGCAACUCRUAUGAUAUAUGACAGAGAUGAACGGGAUCUACACAGCAGAGACUUUGAAAGCCCAGGUUCCUCUGCUGCAGAUGAGACUGUUGUUAGGUAUUUGAAUGACCGACCAGCAAUUGAUGCCUUGCAGAAUAAUGAGGUAUUUUUUAAGGUUGCAACACCUCCUAGAUUGGAAGAAGAAAAAAAUAGUGGCUCCAGAGAGGAGAGGAGCACUAAAACCCCUGUGAGAAAUGCAUCCCAGGACACUGAACUGAAAGGGUUUCAAGUGGCAGCAUCUUCCCCUUCUGCCACCAGCACCUCCAGUGCUCACAGACUGGAAAUUUUGAAACGGCGGCAGCAUGAUGCGAAAUUGGAGAAGCUGAAGGAGCGCAUUCGGAAGCAGUGGGAGCAAUCUGAAGAGCUGGGUGGCAGAGGGCAGCAUUUGGGACAUGCUGAGCAGCCCGUUGUCAUCACAAAUACAGAGAAUGCAGUGACUCCCAAGGUCAGGAAAGUGGCAGCUGCACCUGCUGCUCCAGCAUACAAAGGUUUCAAUCCUGCCGAAACAAAGAUUCGUACUCCAGAUGGAAAGGUCUGGCAUGAAGAAGAAUUUCAUAUUAGCCAGGAGUUGUAUAGAGAUAUAGCACUGCAGUUAACGGAGGAUUCAACGGUGAAAGAAAGACCUAGUGAGAGAAACAAAGAGAAAAAAGCAACCAGACCAGUACGGAAAGUUCAAAAACUGACACGAUUGCCAAGUCCAGAAUCCAGACAAGGUGGUAACUAUGUAAUAAGUGCAUCUUCUUGGCGGGAAGGACAAAAGCUGGUAAAAAAGAUACUAGGUCCAGCCCCCCGACUAGAAGCAGACAGAAGAGCUGUAUCUAGUGACAGAACAGGACGGGAGAGAGCUACAAAAUCUGGCCGUAUUGGAAGGACAGGUUCAGAUUCUAGGCUGGAUGUUACCCACAAAACCUCUUCCAGAAGUUCUGAAAGGUCAAGGAGUAAAGUGCGGUCUGAGACUAACGUGAAGAAACGGGAAUCUUCGCGUCCAGAUGAUAACCAAGGAGAUCACACUUCCUUAAAUAAGGACUUCCUGCCAGUGGAGAUACGUGGAAUUCUUGAUGACUUGCAGUUGGAUUCCAUGAGUACAAAGCAAGAGAAAGAUGUGGAAAAGCAGAAUCAGAAAUGUGUUUUGCCUGCACAAAAUGCCAGGAGCCACAGUCCGACCAAAAGGAAACCAGACAAGCUAGCUCCGAGCGAGGAGCCACAGGUGACCUCCAAGAAACGACACUACGAUACGGAUGAGGUUCGUCAGUACAUUAUUAGGCAGCAAGAAGAGAGGAAGAAGAAGCAGAACGAAGAGAAGAAAGCACAAAAGGAGGCAACAGAACAGAAAAACAAAAGACUCCAAGAGCUCUACAGAAAGCAGAAGGAGGCUUUUACUAAAGUAAAGAAUGUGCCACCUCGUGAGCAUUCUGCAGCCAUACGGUUACAGGAAACUUAUUCGAAGCUACUGCUGGAACGGACGUUUCUGGAAGAGCCAGCUCAGGUGCCCACAGUGCAGGAAACACAGGCCCGACCUGCUUAUCAGCCAUCUGGAGAAUCUGACAAAGAAAACAAGGCUCAGGAGCGUCCUCCCAGUGCAUCUUCAAGUAGUGACAUGUCGCUCUCGGAGCCUCAGCAGCCGCUGCUCAGAAGUGAUUUGAUGGAGCCUGCCUGGGUGCAGCCUGACAGAUUAAGCCCAAGAGUCCAGUGCGCUCGCUCUCAAGCUCAUGUGGGUUCAAAUGGAGGCCCUUGCUCUCAAAACUGGAGUCUGGAGCAGAUGGGCCUUUUGUCAAAGGAGUGUGACACCCUGUUGACAGGCAGCAGAAGCCACGCUGCAGCAGCAGCRUCGUUGACGUUGGCGUCGCAGCCAUUCCUGAAUUCAUCUGUUACGCAGCAAAAUCUCUUAGGAAAACCUACUGCUAACCAAUAUAAGAGCAAACUGGAUCGCAUUGAAGCUCUGAAAGCUACGGCUGCUUCCCUUUCUAGCAGGAUUGAAAGUGAAGCCAAGAAGUUGGCUGGAGCUGGCAUCAAUUAUGGCACCAUGUGGAACUUGGACCGUGAAUUCCUACAAGAGAACCAGGAUGAUGGGCGCUGGGCAAAGGCUGUAAGUCCUCCUGUGAGAGAGGAAAAUGAAGAUGCUUUUUCAGCYAGAAUUCAAAAAAUGCUGGGCACCUGUGUGUCUCAUACAGCCUUUGAUGAUAACCUUCCUGGAGUAAACAACCUUAGUGAAUUUAAAAAGCUCCCUGAGGUGAUCAGGCCUCAUACUGCUGCAGUCAGCCUUGGGAUGAGAUCCCCUGCUGCUAACAGACAUGAAGGGAUACUGGGACAUUUCUCCAAGAGACAAACUGACUCCCCAGGGCACGAAAGYCAGGCUUAUGGUCAGAACAAAACAGUAAUUCCUUACGAGUCCAGCAUAGACUCCAUCAGUGAAGGGCCCCUCUUGAGUGAGGAAAGCCUCUCGGAAGAGGAGGGAGGCCGACCCACRCAAUCCCCCCUGGAGAUGCUGGAGGCAUUAAAAGAGAAGGACUUCUGUGUUCGGGAGAGAAGUGCUUUUGAGCCCAUUAAAGAGUUUCAGAAAGAAGCAGGAAAAUAUUCGCCACUUUUCACUCACACAAGUGGCUCGCAUAGCAAGGGGCCAUGGGAGGAGCUGGCGAAGGGAAGUCCCCACAGCGUCAUCAACAUCUUUGCAAAAAGUUACCAGCUUCACGGAAAAGUGUUUGAUGAGAGGCCGAGUGGAGCGUGCGCCCUGCUGCGGCCGUUGCUCCCUGCAGUCAGCCCUCCAGAGAGCAUCGUUUCUUACGAAGAYGAUUUUGCCUCGUCGCAGGGAAGUAGCACUUUGACAGACAAAAAGAUUGCACAGGACCUCAGUGUUGCUGGCAGCAGCAAUUCAAGCAUUCAGGAAGAAAUUUCCCAUAGGAAGUCUCCYCAUAAGCCCCGUUCUGUAGAGCUUGCAUCCCAACACUCAUCGGGACCGCGGUCUGCAGCAUCUUCUCGCACAUCUGCCUCCUCCAAAAGGAGAGGGAAAAAGAAACGAUUGGAAUCUUGCAAUGGAAAAUCUCACCACUUUCCAGUGGAAGAAGAGAAAAUGCCAUCUGAACUGGAGCGGGGAUCCCACCAGGCCAAGAGGUCCUUAUCUAGUAACAGAAUUUCUAAUCAGGAUCUUGAGCAGGCCCCAGAUACUGAUAGCACAUUAGAAAAUUUGUCUGCGCACUCCCUGAUGAGCUUCUCAGACAAGGGAAGAUCCCCAAAGACACCAAGCUCUUCCCCAUCUCCAGGCUCCCAAAAAUUGCUGCAGUUUGAUUCAGUAAGCAAAACAGGGGAAAGAGCCAAGUCACCUGCUGGCUUCUCCCCAAGUCCAGCUCCAGGGCUGAAACCUCACACAACCUUCUCUGACCCGAGUCUGGGAAUGAGCAGACCAGGAGCAGGGGCAGCUUCGGCAAGCGGGUGUAUGCGCUUCUCCCCUGCUGGGCUUCAGCAUCGCUUCUCAGCAGAGCUGAACUACCUUAGUGCUAUUGAGGGGUCGAUGCAGCAGCUUUCGGAUGUGGAAAGAGUACGAGGCAUAUCGCUUGCCCAGCAGGAGAGUGUGUCUUUGGCUCAGAUUCUGAAGGCAAAGCAGCAGCGCCAUGAACGGGACUUGGCUCUUCUGAAACUAAAGGCAGAACAAGAAGCUUUAGAAAGCCAGAGGCAACUGGAAGAGGUCCAUGCAGAGUCACUACAACAACUGGUUCAAGCACGGCAAGAGGCUGUAGAAAUAAUGCAAGAAAGCACGUGCAAGAUUGUAGCCAAGCAGGUAGAAGCUGCACUUCUUACUACAGAUGCAGCUCGCCAGAUCCGUGAGAUGACAGAGUUAGCCCAAACCUCAGACCCUGUCAAUGCUCCAGCUGCUCCAAUGACAACCUUGUUUGACCACCAGCGGCAGCAUCACAUGGAGUUCAUAAAGCAGCUGAGAGCACGAGCUGAUGCAAACAGGAAAUCUGUGUCUGGUGCCAUUUCACAGAGUAAAGAGGAGAAAAGUGACUCAAAGCAAACAUACUCACCAGUGUUUGAUAGUUACUCAGAAUCCUCAAGAUCAAAAAUUCAUGAUCAGAGUAGUACCAGCAGCCGCCAGGAGAGCCCUUCAGUCCCAUCUCCUAAGGAGAACGAGAAGAAGCUUUCCCGGCGUGAGAAGACCAGUAGCUGUAUUGAGGAGCAGGCUUGUGCUGCUGUGGAUGACUCCUUGCCGAGCGAUAGUGUUUUGUCGCUGCCAGAUGAUAAAGAUUCUGCUUCAAUUGCAACAGAGUAUUCUCUGAAAUUUGAUGAGUCUAUGACAGAGGAUGAAAUUGAGGAAAAGUCUUUUCGGUCUUUGCUGCCCUCUGAGAGUCAUCGCAGAAUUAACCUGGAAAAGAAACGGGGUAGUCGGGAUUCUGAUGAGGAAGCCUGCCCGGAAAAAGAAGCUCUGUCAUCUAUCAAGGAGCUAAGCAUGCCAUUCUCAGGGGGGCAAGAUAGUUUUUCUAAGUUUACCAUGGAGAUGGUAAGGCAGUACAUGAAAGAGGAAGAAAUGCGAGCAGCUCAUCAUUCCUCACUGCUUCGGCUCAGGGAAAAAGCUUUGAAGGAGAAGACCAAGGCUGAACUCGCCUGGCUGGAACACCAGAAGAAGCACUUGCGAGACAAGGGAGAAGACGAUAAGAUGCCUCCUAUAAAAAAGUUAAAGCGUAACCUGUUGCUGAAGUUACAGCAGGAAAAGGCAGAAAUUAAGCAUCUUCAGGAAGCCAACAAGGCUGCUCGGAAAGAGAGGCUGCUGAUUCUUAAACAGCAGGCGGAAAUAGAAAAAAUCCAUCAAACUACAAUGAAACUGCAAGAAAAACUGAAGUCUGCAGGAGAAAACAAGCUGGAACUUCCCAGUGAAGAUGACAUCAAACAGAGCAAUGCUUCUAGCCCUCUUCCAACAGAUGCGGAAACACGCACUCCUUCCCCAGUCUCAGUUUCCAGCAGUGAGACUAGUAGCAUCAUGGAGAAGCUUAAAAAAAUGCGCAGCAGAAUGGAUGAAAAGUUCCUAACCAAGCGGGAGCAGAAGCUGAUGCAGCGCCGCCAACACGCAGAGGAGCUGUUGGAGUGGAAGCGCCGCCUAGAUGCGGAGGAAGCAGAAAUACGGCGCAUAGAAAAACAGGCUCUAGCUGCCUGGGACAAAGAGCUGAAGCCCAAAGCAGCCAAGAAAGAACUGGGGGAUCAGAGARCAGAGCCCAAAGAAACAGCGAGUGAAGAGGAGUCUCCAGUGCCUUCUUGCUCUUACCUCAACAGUGAAAGCUCUGUCCCAGAAGAGCUCGGCAGUCCGGCUGCUGAGUCUGUCCCAUCAGAGACCAUGGGCCACGGGCAGUCAGAGAGCCCAAAUCAUCAUACAGUUACAGAAGAAAUGGCCUAUUCUGAAGACAUCAAGUCCUCUACCUCUCCUGGCAAACUUUCUCCUCCUAAAAGCRGUGUGUCUAUAUCAAAGCAAGAUUCCAGCAAAAGCAGCCACAGAGUUGGAGGGCAGCUACGUGCAGUUGUGAAGUCUCAUCAGAUAUCUCACAGCUGGUCUGAUGAAUCUUUAUCUAUGACACAAUCAGAAACCACAUCUGACCAGAGUGACAUUGAAGGCCGGAUCAUGGCCCUGAAGGAUGAACUUCGAAAAAGGAAAUCUGUCGUUUAUCAACUGAAAAAGGAACAGAAGAAAAGACAAAAGGAGAGACUGAAAGCCCAGGAGGCCAGUUUGAUCAAGCAACUAGAGACAUAUGAUGAGUUCAUCAAGAAGACAGAGGCAGAAUUGAGCCAAGAUCUGGAGACAUCGCCCACRGCCAAACCUCAGAUUAAAACUCUGUCUUCGGCUAUUGAAAAACCCAAGAUCAAGGCACCACCGCUCCAUAGACCUGAGACAGCAAAGAAUUGGAAAUCACUGACUGAAACAGAGAGAUCCAGAGCAUCUUUGGAAUCCAUUGCGGAGCAUGGGGAUACUGCAUCAUCAAGAACUGAGAGAUCUGUGCCUGUGCACUCCAAGAAGGUGACUGCAGUAGAUCUUCUUGCAGAAGAACGUUCUCAAACAUCAUCCUUGAUUUUGAAGUCAACAAAGAGGUCCAGAGCAGAAUCUGGUGAUUCCUCAGAUAAUGUAUCCUCAUUGCCUCUUCUCAAAGAUAUAAAAGACAUUACCAAGAUAUCUCAUGARUCUGUGAACAAUAUGGUAAAUACAUCUAGUGAUGAGACUAUCUUCAGUCAUAAAUCUGAGAUACAGGAAGACAUAGAGAACAUAAAAUCAGAAGAAUAUGAGCUUGAAGAGUUUCCUGAUAAGCCUUUGGAGAAUUCUGAUGUCAUGUUGCUGUUAGAUAAAGAGCAGGAGAGCUCACUGGACAUCCUUCCAAAGAAAGUCCUCUUUUCUGAAGACGAACAGUUUCAGAAGGAACCUUCUGGCUUGACUGAGGAAAGCCUUCAUGGCACAGAWGAAAUCUUAGACCAGAAACUGACAGACAAAGACACUAGAAUUGGACAAAGUGUAGAAGAAUCUUCUCACCAACUGAGCAAAUYGGCUGAGGAAAAAGGUUAUCUGGUUUCAGAACAAGCCUUUACACAAAAAGAGCAAUCGUACUCUGAAGAUUUUGAAGUAUCCUUCUCCAUAAAAGAAGCAUCAGUUGAAGACACACCUGUGGAAAACAACWACAGAGAUGACUUAGAAGUGUCACUUCUCUCCCCAAAAGAGGAUUCUCCGUCCCUGAGAGAGCAGUCACAGCAUGCACCAACUGACAGAAGCAGGUCCACCAGUCUGGGCAGUGAUGGUGAAAUCAGUGAGUGCCUCAGUGACAGAUCUCUAUCGCUCUCUGGCAGCAUGCAUUCAGAGAGAUUAUUAGAACUUAAAUCACCUACAGAUUUUCUAAAAAAUAAUGAAUAUGGAGAUGUGGAGAAAGAACAGGCCACUACUGAAUCACCACCAUGGGCCUCUGCUUCAAUUCUAGAAGAAACAGAUAGCUUGCUAAAUUUCAGUAUUGGAGAUAGGGUUCUUGUGAGCAAAGUUCAACCUGGAACAUUGCGUUUCAAAGGUCUGACCGAGUUUGCCAAAGGGUUUUGGGCUGGUGUGGAGUUGGAUAAACCAGAAGGAAACAAUAAUGGAACUUAUGACGGUAUAAAGUAUUUUGAUUGCAAAGAAAAACAUGGCAUUUUUGCUCCUCCUCAAAAACUCUCUCAUAUUCCAGAAAGCAUUGAUAGCCAUUUAGAAACAAAGAAGGAUGAAGACUCAUUUUUUGAUGAUAGGCUGGACAAGCAACACACAGCCAAGCAGAAAGGUGAAGAAAGUUCUAAACCUGGCAAAGAGGAAGGAAUGCAGAAAAGAGAUACAAGAGAAAAAUAUUCUCAGGAUAAAGGUCCUGCAGACACAACUGUUUUAGGAGCCUCAGCUGGGGAAAGGAUAGAUGGAGAYUCUUUGUCUGAGGCAAGCAACAUAAAGGAGGUAUCUUUAGCUACUGAGUCGCUUGCCCAAGAACAAUCUGUGGUGGAUUACCUCAAGCAUGCUGCAAAAGGAGAGGCAUGCCUUGCUCCUCCCAUUUCUGGUGUCAUGGAGAAGACUUCCACUGCUCAGUAUUUGGAAGACAUCUCCGAUUUUCUUUCUGAAAAACUGGAGAGGCAAAAGACUUUAGGGGAAGAAUGUGCUGAAAAGUUAGAUGAUCUCUCUCCUGAAAUUCUGGAGAAGCCUUCAACUCCACUUCUGGAUUUGUUGACAAAAGAGAAGAACCAGUUAGAAGCCCAGCUUCGACUGCCAUUUAAAGAGGAAGAAAGGACAAAAAUACAACUAGAAAAGGUCAGUUUGUUGACAGACAGUCUCCUCAGAGAUUUUGUGAAAGACACAGUCAAUCAGCUACAGCAAAUAAAGAAGGCCAGGAAUGAGAAAAUCCAACUUAGCAACCAAGAGCUCUGUGAUGUGAAAGAGGAUCCCAGUACCUCAGCCCAGCAUGUGAAAGAGCUGAUUCCUGAUGGCCUGAAUAACUUUUUUCUAAGUUCUGAUUUAGAAGAUGAAAGAGAAGAACUUUCCUCCCCAGACAUGUGYCCCAGACCAGAGAGCCCCGUAUUUGGUGCCAGUGGUCAGGAAGAGCUUGCUAAGAAACUGGCAGAGCUGGAGCUCAAUCGGGAAUUCCUGAGUGUGCUGGGGGAAGAUCAAGACUGGUUUGAGGACUAUGGCUUGAAUUCCCAUAAAGUCCAGCAGAAGCAAGCUGAAGACCCAGCAGUGCUGGCCAAGGUAGAACCACAGAAAGUCCCAACAAAGCCUUGCGAGGAGCCUUUGGCAGUCCCUUAUACUGCAGUGGAAGUAGAAGGUAUGGUACAUGCAGCCGCUGAGGAACUCUGGAAACUCAAAGAGUUGGGUCAUGAUCUUCAGCCUUUCAGCUCUCCUAUGGAUCUUAGCRAUACCACCAAAGAGCAGGACGUGGAGAUGGUAAACAAACAAGUGUAUAAAAAGGCCGUAUUUGACUUAACAAAAGAAAUCUUUGGGGAAAUCUUUGCUGAGGAUCCUAAUCUAAAUCAGCCUGUUUGGAUGAARCCAUGUAGAGUUGCCUCUGCUUACUUUCGCCGAGUAAAGGAUCCAAAUGAUCUGGAUGAAAUCAAGAGCUUUAUUGCAGCUGAAGUGCUGAAGUUGUUCAACUUGAGGAAGGAACCUAAUCACAAAACAGACUGGCAGAAGAUGAUGAAAUUUGGACGAAAGAAACGGGACAGAGUCGAUCAUAUACUGGUGCAGGAACUUCAUGAGGAAGAAGCACAGUGGGUGAAUUACGACGAGGAUGAACUGUGUGUAAAGAUGCAGUUGGCAGAUGGGAUCUUCGAGGCCUUAAUCAAAGACACUGUUGAUGUACUGAACCAGAUAAAUGAGAAGCAGAGGAGAUUACUACUUGUGUGACAACGCUGAAAAUAAAACUAGAAGCUGUGUAACCUGCGUCACGGGCRUUUCUGACUCCUGACAUUCUCUCUGCCUUGCAAGCACUGCUGCUGGACUUCUCUGCAUGGGUUUUAAAAGCAGUUGAGAUGUGAUUAAAGGAAUCUGAAUUUACAUCCUCUGCUGCUAGAGACCUUGCACUGGAUUUACUUUUGGAAACAAGCUGAUGCCUCACUUGAGGCUGCGUUGUGGAGAGCUCGAAYUGCUCUCAUGCCGAUGCAGUGAGCUGCAGAGCUGUCUGCAGUUGUCCAAGGCCCCUGCCCAGGGCUUCGACGUUCAGUUUUGUGCCCUGAAAGGGCUGGGUUACGUUGAGAUAUAGGCUGUUUGGCUGGAAUGGCCAUCAGCCAUCAGUGCUCAAGUUGUCUUUAGAAAUAUGAGUCAUUUGGAGAAGAAAUGGUUUGGUCAGGUUUUAGUCAUAAAUGGCUCCUUACCACACUAAACAGUGUUAUAGUCUUUAACACUUCUCCUGCGGCCCUGGCAAUGUGCAUCAGUGUCUUCUGCUACAGAGCCUAUUUAAUUUUUUCUCCAAAGCGGUUUUCCAUCUUUCUUCCUGUGAUGUGGUACCAAAUAACGGCGCCAGUUAAUCCAGGAGAAGUAAGUGAUGUUGCUUUCUGCAUUCAAGUAAAGAAUUCUUACUGUUUUUUUUUUCCUACAUAACUUGCUACAGUCCAGAGGUGGAGCAAGAUAAAAGCCACCUAACGUCAAGGGUAGAAGAUGAGCCUGUGGACAGCUUAACUGCUCUCCUGUAGCACUUCACCUCCUAGAGUGCCAGCUGCUCCUAGAUAGUGGAUACUCAGGAUUCUCUCAGGCACGAGACAUGGAGGAGUGGAAAAUAUGUUUUUCAAAAACAAAAUUGGCCUUCUUUCCCUCUGCUUCCUUCCUUACUGUCACCUAUUAAAUGGAGAAGCUGUUCCUUGAACAAUUUUGGGGGGGAAAAAAGUGUAUUCACCAAAGAAAGCGGUGUGCAGUGCUUGACGGUCUGCGUGGUUUGUGCUUGUGGGCUUUUUUCUUUGUUUCUUUCUUUAAUUUAUUUUCAGAUAAUUUAUUAAGUGGGACAUAGGAGAGUGUCCUGUGCAGAGAGAGCAGGACUUGAGAAUGCUUCUGUUCUGGUGACUUGUGGAGCCUGUGUUCUUCACACAAAAACUCCAGCUUCCUGAGGGUGGGAAGCAAAAGCAGGACUUAAGAACGAAGCCUCUUCUGAGCUGACUCAGAGUGAGGGGAGAAUUGAACGGAUUGAGUGGAAGAAAAGACCUGAAGCUUCCCUCUUCCAACUGUUCCCUUGUUCUCCCAGAACUCCUGGGCUGUAGGCAGGUCUGUUCGGUGCUGGCUUCAACUGCAGUGUCCUCCUGCAGAGUGCUCUUCACUGAGCUGUCCCUCCCAUCCAUGUGUUUUCUUGGCUGACACAGACAAUCUGGCAUCAAAUGAUGUUGCAGUAAUAGUGUGUAUCUCAAUUGCUAACUCGGACAAGACCCAGAGGGGUGUCAGAUUCUCCAGACAAGCUGGAGUGUAAAGGGGCACCCUGAAGCCUGCUUGGAAGCACCCCAAGGAUGUUGUAUUAGCCCAUGAUAGGCAUGGUGGGAAGAUCCCUAUCGUUUCUUUCAUCCGAUUGUUUUGGGGCUUCCUGCUAGGCAUACCUCUGCUACUUCUUCAUUUUGUUCUCUGUUUUCCACCUUUUAUUUUGGAAAGCUGCCAUUGGAAUAUUUGUGUUUUGCACAGUGACACAUAGCUGGUGAUUCUUUGGGGGCAGCGCUGGGAAACGCUGGAUUUGCCCGAGAUCCAAGCAAGCUCUCAGGUGCCGUAUCRUCAACAGCUCUGCUGUGAGUUAAUGGUGAGCGACAUCCGCGAGAGCGUAGCAAGUGAGAGACCAAGGAGGAGGUAACGGGGUAGAGCAACACCUCUGACGAGGUCGGCGUGUCUUUUGGUGCAGCAUCAUUCCUUCUUUUUUCCUUAAGUGAUUCGGUUUGUCCUUGUGAAGCGUCAUGAUGCCCAACUGUGGAAUUGUUAAAUUCUUAGGACAGAAGCUGAACUAAAGCUGCUGCAUUUUAGCUGGCAUUGCUGUCGCUAAAUGCAUCACUGCCUCAGAUUCCCUUUCAUGUAUUUUUCAACAGAGAUGAUUGCUAUUUUUAUAGAUAGCAAUUAUGGAAAAGAGAGCAGAAAUCUGCCRUGGAGGUUUGCAGCUUAAGUAUCCCAGAAAUGCCGAGUUUGUUUCCGUUCCCUGAUAGCACGGCCAGUACAGAGACACAGACGUGCCCUGCGUCCUUGAGGCCUCUUGGCUGCUCUGCAGGGCUGGCAUGGUGGGUUUUGGUGUGGACACCGACCGGGGAAGGUUGUCUAGUUGGCCUGCGGAGGUACCGGGGACCCUUGGAGAUCACAGGCCUGUUGUCUGGCUGAUUUGCAACAGUACUUCAGCGCCUUCAGCAGAAAAGGUAGCUCUCUUUACUGCUCUUUGGGCAGAAGGAAAUCGUGCCUAGGGAAUGAUUUUAUUCCUUUGCAUACGUUACUGUUUACUUUCAGUAGCAAUUCCUGAUCGAYGCAACCCUAGAAAAGACUUUUAACGUCUACAGGUUGACCAUUUCGGUCCCUCCUUGGGUUACUUGGGGUGCUAGGGCUGGCAAUGACCGAGCCGGAGCAGUGGUUUGCCUAGGCCAAAGGUGGUGACAGAGAGACAMAGGGAAGGCUGGAGAAUUACACACAGAGACUGAAUUCUGUAUGUCCUCCCAGCCUUGCCAUGUAAGGACAAAAUCCUAUCGCUGGGUCCUGGUUACCUUAGCUAUCGGAUGGAGAGCGCGGUACCCCUCUCCCGGCGGAUGCUUCCCGAGUUAAGCUGUAGUAUAGACAGACUUUCAGAAAAGGCUUGUUCCUCGCAAGGUCUGAUGACCGAUUGCAAAAUCCUAUCUCAUUCACUUUCCUUUCUUGAAAAAGUGGCCUUAGCUUUUCGCAAUACUUGAAUAAGCGYGUACCUGCAGAAGAUCUUCAGUAGCACAGUGAUAGAGACCUUUUAAGUAACUAUUCUGCAAGRAACUGAGUACGGUUCGGAUUUUCAUAUCCCUUUGCUACCUUCAGAUGAGGAAAACAAAAUACUUCUGAGCAGAGAGAACAGUUGAACCUUACAAGGUAUUUAGUGCAUCUGAAGUGUUUACAAAUCAACUAAAAUGGAGAAAAGCAAACUAUCAAACUUAUUUGUAAUUUAAGCAUUAAGUGCAAAAAUAUAUACAGAUGAAAGAGGAAUACUGUAAUUAACCUGC